GAAAUAAAGAGAGAGUGGGCUUGAGGCCCAGGUGCAAGGAAGAGGAGGGGUCUUACGUCUCUGGGGAAACCGGUCGGGAACGAGAAGAAGGCUGGAAAACAGAGCAGCAAAGGCGAGACACAGAUAGUCUUGUGAGACGGUCGAAAUCACAAAAUAACUGACAAUUUAUGAAGGGGAUCAAUUGGAAUUUAUUUGGGGUUUUAAUUGAAGAUUAAGAGGUGUUUAUAGAAAUCGAGUGGAAUGGUUUCUUUCUCAGUUAAACUAGGGAAAGACAAAGAAAGAGAGACGAAAGGGGAGAGAUCGGCGACACUGAUUUGGAACACCAAUGAAGAGGACGACUCGAUCCCUGAGGAGAGGAGGAACGGGAUGACCAAUGGACGCGAGAGGGAGCCCGGGAAUGCGACGGCGGUGAAGGAUUCCGACGUUGACUCUGAUAUCCGUGUCAAUCCCGACGUUGCCAGUUGGAAUAAUGAAGCAAGGGAAAUGCCUAACCUCCAAAGCGACGGGGUGUUUUGGCCGUUCGCCACUGGCCUCCAAUGUGUGGGCCGAGAAAAGGAAAGGGAAUUCGCGUCGGUGCCGGAGGACUUCGCGCAAAUCCGACCGCAGGGUGCUGCUGCGCGAGGAAGAAGAAGAUGACAAGCCGGAGGAGGAGCCGGAGCCGGAACUCGAUGGUAGCCGGGAUUUGGAGGUCGAUGACGACGGCGGGGUUUAGGUAACGAUCUCCCGUUUGUUGGAGUUCAAUUGUAUGGUUUUAAAAUUUUGAUAAAUAGCCAGGUGCGUAUAUGUCUUUUUGGAGUUGGGGCGAUUUGGUAAAAUUUAGGAAAGUUUAGGCGUCGUAAAGUAAUUGACCGGGCUUGGGGUGAGUUCGCAAAUAGUAAAUGUUUGGGUAUCGAAUUGAAAAUAAGCCUUUUGGACUGAAAUGUUUAAAUCAGAAAGUGAAAAUUGGCCUAGAGGACUGAAUUGUGCAAUUCUGGAAGUUGGGGCCUAAUUGGUAAAAGUCAAGAAUCUUGGGUACCAGUGUGUAAUUUGCCAUUUUGGGGCAAAAAGGUAAUUUUCUAGAAUUUUGUGUGGAUACAUGGGAAAGGUUAAAUGAAGGUGUUUGGAAUUU